AUGAGGUUUCGGGGAUCUUCCAAGUUACCAAAUGAAACACUGGAAUUGAAGACGCUUUAUCGGGUAUUUUCUUAUUUAUUUACUGACGAAAUUGUGGUUCUGAUUAGAGACGAAACUAACCUGUACAGCGUGCAAAAAGAUGCCAAUAAACCUAUAAACGUCACAAGCCAGGAAAUAAGGGAGUUUGUUGGAAUUACUUACUUCAUGUCCAUAGUUCAUCUGCCUAAUGUGCGAAUGUACUGGUCAGAAAAAUAUGGCUAUGCCCACAUACGCGAGACGAUGCCGCUAAAACGGUUCGAGUUUCUGAGGCAAGUACUACACUUCAAUGAUAAUUCUAUAAUGCUACCAUAUGGUCAGCCAAACUCUGACAGACUGUAUAAAAUCAGACCCAUAAUACAAAAACUGAACCGCAACUUUGGAAAAGUACCACUAGAACAACAUUUGUCUGUUGAUGAACAAAUGUGUUCAACCAAAACACGGAGUGCUCUAAAGCAGUAUUUGCCAGAAAAACCCCACAAAUGGGGCUUCAAACUGUUUGCGAUUUGUGAUGUAAGUGGAUACGGUUACAAGUUUGAAGUAUACAGUGGCCAGGAGAAUAUAUGCGCAGAUGGCGAGCCUCAAUUAGGUGCCUUAUCCAAUGUAGUAGUCCGACUUGCCAGAGAGAUUCCUGUCAACCAAAACUAUAGACUGUUUUUUGACAACUACUAUACAUCCCUACCUUUGAUGGAGUUCUUAUCACACCGUGGUAUAUUAGCUUUGGGCACCGUUAGGAGAAACUGCAUCCCUAAAUGUAAGCUCCCAGAUGAGAAACAGCUGAAAAAAGCACCCAGAGGCACGUCAGUCGAACAGGUUGCAAGCUAUAACGGUAUUAACAUAUCAGUGGUGGCCUGGCGAGAUAAUAAAAUUGUGAACCUAGUAUCCAACUUUGCUGUCAAAAAUCCCACAUCUGUUGUGAGUAGAUUCGACAAGUCGCAAAAGAAACACAUCAAUGUGGAACGGCCUUUUAUAGUGGCAGAGUAUAAUCGUCACAUGGGGGGUGUAGACCUUAUGGACUGUGUAAUGGGUCACUAUAAAAUAAAACUUCGUAGCAAACGUCAUAGCAAGACUCUUUUAUCAUUUUCUCGACAUGACCAUGACUAA